AUGGUCUCCUUCACGGCUCUCCUCGCCCUCUCCGCCAGCGCUCUGGCAACGCCGGUCCUACAAACCCGCCAGAUGGAUAUUCCUGCGAACUGGACAUGGCACGUCUCCGGCUGGUCAGCGGGCUGCGCGCGCUCGGGCUGCUACUACGACUUCAACGUCACUGUUCCCACCGUUGAAGGCCAAAUCGCAGGCGUCAAGGCCUACUGCAGCGGAAGCGAGAACUGGUACCGACUGGGCAACUACUACAGGAACUGCCAGAUCUUGGAAGGUGUGAACAACGGUGUCUCUGCCAAGUUCAGCGAGAGGACUUCGGACGAUGGAACGCCACCUCAGGAGAUUGAGCUCAGCUUCGAAUUGGCUGGCUACGAGCAGAGGCCUGCGUACAACUUCACCGGAUCGCACGAGACCAUUUACAACCAGUUCGUUGCGCCGGCACAGGAGUUUGAUGUUACGCCUACUGAGGUGACGGGUGUCGCGUAA